AUGGGCAACCUGAAGCAGGCCAAGAAACAGCUGCUGGGACCCGGCCGGACCGAAAUCGCAACAAUAGGUCUGUUUAGAGCAACCUUGUGCUGGAAUGGCCGAGAGUGUCAAGAAGAAAUUUACGUGAUCGACAAGUUAAACGAUGCACUUCUCGGACGUCCAGCAAUCAAAUCAUUGGAUAUCCUUCCAAGCCUCCUCAAAGUCACAGCGUCAACAAGCAAGGUCAGUGACCCUGCUAACAUUCUCUGCCACUACCCCAGCUUGACUACAGGCCUGGGCCUUCUCAAGACAGAAUACAAGAUAAUAUUUCUCCCCAAUGCCAAGCCGAGUGCUAUUACGUAUCCGCGGGGAGUACCCCUACCCAUGCUGCCUAGUGUCAAACGUGAGUUGAAGAGAAUGGAGAACCUCGGCGUCAUCAUAAAGGUCGACGAGGCCACAGUGUGGUGCGUACCUAAGGUAGUCGCGAAAAAGAAAGGAGGCGAGCUUCGAGUCUGUGUUGACUUCGGAGGGUUAGACAAGAACAUUUUGCGGGAACGAGUCGUAAUGCCCACUGUCGACAAAUGUUUGGCCAGACUUGCCGGAGCUACAUGGUUCAGCAAGCUUGAUGCAAGGGCUGAUUAUUGGCAAGCUCCGCUAGCACCCGAGUCCCAGAAGUACAAUACAUUUCUGACGCCAUUCGGCAGGUUUCCGUUCCUCCGAUUGCCCUUUGGGAUUUUGACAGAAACCGAGUUUUUCCAGAGAGAAAUGCUAAGAGUUCUAGAAGGCAUUGAAGGCCAAGCAUGUCUACAAGACGACAUUAUAGUGUUUGGACCUUCAAGGGAAGAACAUGACACACUACUGCACAAAGUACUGCAGCGCCUGCAAGAAGCUGGCAUCACCUUGAACGCAGAAAAAUGCGUACUACAUCAGCAGUCUGUGAGAUUCCUGGGAUACAUCGUGUCGGCGAAUGGCAUCAGUGCCGACCCUGAAAAGGUCAACGCACUGUGUCACCUAGCAGAGCCUACAGAUGUAACAGAGGUGAGGUCCUUCUUGAGAAUGGCCAACCACUUGGCCAAGUUUCUCCCGGGGCUUUCGCAGCUCAAAAAACCGUUGCAUGACUUACUUCACAGCGACGCCGAAUGGUGCUGGGACAAGCCACAGCAAGAAAGUUUCAAUGCUGUCAAGAAAGCAUUGACAAGGACUCCAGUGCUUACUCACUACGACCCUUGUAGUCAUCACACUGUGUCGGCGGAUGCAUCGUCGUACGGUCUUGGAGCGGUCCUCCUUCAAGAAACAGCGGGUCGGAGGCUUCCAGUUGCCUAUGCCUCAAGAUGCCUCUCUGACACGGAGACGCGAUAUGCGCAAAUAGAGAAAGAAGUACUGGCAGUAACAUGGGCCUGCGAGCAUUUCCGCUCCUAUCUGCUUGGUGCGCAGUUUUACGUGGAAACUGAUCACAAGCCACUGGUGCCACUGCUGUCAUCAAGCCGCCUGGACGAACUUAGUCGCCGACUGCAACGGUUCCCUAUGAGACUCCUCGAGUUCAAUUACACCAUUGCCCACAUCCUAGGCAAGAAAAUGCAUACAGCCGAUGUGCUCUCAAGGAAACCGCAGAAAGAAACGGACAACAGCAGUCCAAGGAGCCCCAGCAGGGUCAUCAUAGAAUAUAAAAUUCUCGCAAUGAAACUACUGCCAGCUUCCCACGAUAUGCUUGAAAAUAUAAAGGCAGCACAUGAGAAUGAUCCUGUUCUAGCAAGAAUUAGGGACUACUGCACGACUUCGUGGCCCAAAGAAGUGGCACUACCUCCAGACGUGCAGAAGUAUUUAGAAUUAGCCCAUGAACUGACACAAGUGGAUGGAAUUUUGCUCAAAGGCAACCGCAAUGUAAUUCCACCAAGCAUGCAAAGUGGUGUGCUAGAGCACUUGGAUGCCGGUCAUCAGGGCGUUGGGAGAUGUAGGGCUCGAGCCACUCAGUUGGUGUGGUGGCCAGGCAUUAACCAGCACAUCCAAAGUUAUGUGUCAAGAUGCCCGGUCUGUCAACAACACCGUAAACCACACGCCGAGCCCCUGAUACUCUCCCCACUUUCCAAACACCCAUGGGAAGCAAUAGGAAUCGAUCUCUUCUGUGUGGAUAGAGUUAACUACCUCGUGGUUGUGGACUACUACUCACGUUUCUUUGAAAUCGAGAAGUUGAAGCGUACCAACACAGAGAACAUAACUCAAGCACUGAGUCCGAUCUUCGCGCGCUUUGGGGCACCGGCUAUCAUACGAUCAGACAAUGGCCCUCAGUUUGCUUCGCCACAGUUCAAAGCGUUUGUCAAGCAAUGGGGAUCAAGUCACGUAACCAGCAGCCCCUACUUCCCUCUGAGCAACGGCGCGGCAGAAAGAACAGUUCAGACUGCUAAACAGCUGAUCAAGAAAUCGCCAAACAUCCACAAGGCUCUGCUCGCGCAUAGAGACACGCCAGGGAAAGAAGGAUUCACACCAGCGGAACUCCUCAUGGGAAGGCACCUAAGAACUGACGUGCACGUGGCACCGCACAUGCUGAGGCCAUGGUGA